CCUCAAUCAUUUUUAAAAAUUAUAAUAUUAGUUGCUCCAUACUACUGCUAAUCUACAUAUUUCUUAUUAUCAAUAUUAUUUCUGUCUGUUGAUCGCCCAUAUAUUCAUUUUUCUCUCAUCUUCAAAAUGUCCCAACUACAAACUGAAGCAUCAUUGUUUGAUAAGGCAAAAGACACAAUAGAAUUCUUAAAAUCACGCCUACCCUCGCCUUUACUUGCUCCUCGUGUUGCUAUUGUUUGUGGAUCAGGCCUCGGAGGGCUCGCAGAUACGGUUCAUUCUUCACCGAAGGCGGAAUAUGACUAUUCGGAUAUACCCCAUUUCCCCCAAUUGACUGUAACUGGACAUUCCGGAAAGCUAGUCUUCGGGCUCCUUGCUGGUAAAGUCCCAGCAGUAUUGAUGGUUGGCCGUGCACACUUUUAUGAAGGCCACUCCAUUGAUCAAGUGACAUUUCCUAUUCGAGUGUUUAAGCUGAUGGGAAUUGAGACAAUUUUCCUUACCAAUGCGGCGGGGGGGCUGAACCCUGAGUACGCAGUCGGCGAUAUUGUGGUAUUGAACGAUCAUAUAUUCCUUGCCGGGCUAGCAGGUAUCCACCCACUUCGAGGACCCAAUGAACCGGAGUUUGGAGUUAGAUUCCCUGCUUUAUCCGAUGCAUAUGACUUAGAACUUCGCUGUUCCGUACAUAAUGCUUGGAAGUCAAAGGCAUCCGAAACUAGCAGACGCCUCCACGAAGGCGUGUAUGCUUUUGUAGGAGGCCCAAGCUAUGAGACGAGAGCCGAGUGCCGCAUGCUUCAUUUAUUGGGAGCCGAUGUCGUAGGCAUGUCAACGGUCCCGGAGAUCGUGGUGGCUAGACACUGUGGAAUACGAGUAGCUGCUCUGAGCCUUGUGACAAAUAAGGCGGUUCUAUCACCUGUGCCUCGAGGUGAUGACAGCUUUUUACAUACCAGGGAUGCAGACGAGUUAGGCGCAAUUAUGACCGAAGGCAAAGCGAAUCACGAGGAAGUGAUCGAGGCAGGACGCGCAGCGGCAUUUGACAUGCAGAUGUUGGUACAGGCUGUCGUUUUGAAUAUGUGGGCCGCAGAGAGUUGAAAAAAAAUUCCUAUGGUGUCAUGGCGUUCAUCGCCGAACUGCUGUGACGUUGAUCGC